AAGAGACUCCUCUUAAGAUACGGAGCAGGAUACUUGAGUAUGAAAUGCCCUUUUUUUUGCCGAGUAUGCAUGUUUCAUUUCUCGAGCUUUGAUGUUUUCAUCACCCAUCUUAAGAGUAGACAACACAAAAAGGAGUUGCUUCUCAGUGUGGUUCCUUUGUACUACAUUAACAAUUAUCCUGACAAUACUUGCACACUUUGCGAGUAUCCAUAUUACAACGAUGCUAAUAGGAAGCUCCACUUGGAAAGUGAUGAACACAAAGAGGCCGCAGCAAGUGUCUCUCAUGAGAAGGCUUCCCUUGUCGUUCCACUCAACACCAGUCAAGAAAAAGAUGGCGCCAAUAGGAAGAUAACUUCAGAAGAGCCUAUCUUCGCCUAGACUAAGAAGUAAAGCGUGAACUAGACAAAGAAGAAGAGUGCAUGGUCCUGUACUCCUAUGUCGUGUUGUUCUUAAUCCUAAAAUAAAACUCUCUGCGUUUUUUUUCUUUUUGUUAAUUGUCAGUUAAACUUGUGAUACUUUUUUUACAUAUGGAGAUCGGACA